GUAAUAUUUGAGAAAAUAUCUAUAUUAUAUUAUAUAAAUAGUAGAAAAUAUUUUCAUAUAUUCACCUUCUAUUUAUAAAUUCUAGUACACAUCAUACAUACAUAUAUAUCUCUGUUAUUAAAAUCUCCCCAGCAUUCCGAAGCAGGUGGCGCCAAAAUCUGAUCUUUUCAAACCGAUAUAGAAAAUACUACUACUAAUUAAUAAGUAAAAAAACACAUUUUACCAAAAAAGAAAAAAAAAGUAAAAAAACAUCUAAAAUAUAAACAAAAAAUAUGAUCAUGUCAAUACUCAAAUAGUCGUGGGAAAAUCAAACCCUAGAAAAAAAAUAAAUGUCCUUCUCCACACGAUUUCCAAGAUCUACUAAACACGCAGUUUAAUGUUUUAAACACGCAGAUUAAUGUUUUCUAACCUCUGUUUCCAAUUUGUUUUUUUUUUUGUUUUUUAAUUAGAAGAUUUCGCUGAAUGAGUUCCAAUAAAGAUAGCGACUCUGAGAACAGCCACCGAAGCGAGAAGAGGAAGAAGGUUCCUUCUCUCUUUCCCUCUCAUCCUCCUUCAAUUGUUUUUUUAUCCACCUCAAUUCUUCCGAAGAUUUUCGGAUCAAGAAGAUGUGGGAAACAACAAGAACAAGAAGAAGAUGCAUCUAAUAAUAUGAACAACAGAGGAAGUUAUGAUCAUCACGAAGACAACAAUAAAAUUUUCAAUGAUUUGGAGCGACGACUUGCUUCUCGAAAGAAAUCGAUUCUCGACAACACUUCUCCAAUGAUAUGGAAGACUCUAUCUGAGAGAAAGUCAAGCCCUGGAAUUGAAGGCUUGAAUCUAUCAAGUUUCGAUAGGCCUAUGGCACCAACAACAGAGAUUCGUGAACUCAGGGUGUUUCUAGCUACGUGGAAUGUAGGUGGGAGAACACCUAACAACGACCUUAACCUAGAAGACUUCUUGCUCGUUGAAGGCACAGCAGAUUUAUACAUCUGCGGGUUUCAAGAGAUUGUUCCUCUAAGUGCAGGGAACGUAUUAGUAGUCGAAGACAACGAGCCUGCAGCUAAAUGGUUAGCUCUAAUAAGCCAAGCUUUAAACAAACCGAAACAAGACUCUGUUUACUCAAACGCAGCUUUCUCCGCCUCAAAAACAACAACCUCUUGUAGUAGUAGUAGUAGUGGUUGCUGUAGCGAAGAGUCGAGAACACCAAGCAGUCUAAGUUUCUUUCAACGACCUAAUCUUAAAGUCUUGAGCAGAAACUACCGUGUCGAUUCGAGUCUUCUGAAGACUUGUAAUUGUUCGGUGGUUAACGAUACUUCUUCUGUUGGUUGGGAAGGUAGGAGGUCGAAAAGGUUCAGCGAUCCUAUUGCGGAUAGCACUAAUGUGGAGCCUGAGAAUUUUAGGGUUCAUGAGAAUUUCUUGUUUGAUGAUGUUGUUCCCGCGGCGACGACGAUGAUGAUGCCUGGACAAAUGAGUUACAGAUUGAUUGCUAGUAAACAAAUGGUUGGUUUGUUUUUGUCUGUGUGGGCUAGAAAAGAGUUGAUUCCACAUAUAUCUCAUCUUAGGCUUGAUUCUGUUGGAAGAGGAAUAAUGGGUCGCUUGGGAAACAAGGGAUGUAUAGCUAUAAGCAUGUCACUGCAUCAAACAAGCUUUUGCUUUGUGUGUAGCCAUUUGGCUUCUGGUGAGAAAGAAGGUGAUGAGAUGAGAAGAAACGCUGAUGUAGCUGAGAUUCUGAAGCAUACUCAGUUCCCUAAACUCACCAAAAGCCCUAGCUGUCGCGCACCAGAAAGAAUCGUUGAUCAUGACCGAGUGAUUUGGCUUGGAGAUUUGAAUUACAGAGUUGCGUUAACCUACGAAGAGACAAGAGUGUUACUAGAGGACAAUGAUUGGGACACUCUUCUUGAGAAAGACCAGCUUAACAUGGAAAGAGGAGCAGGAAGGGUCUUCUCUGGAUUUCAAGAAGGUCAAAUCUUCUUUGCACCAACCUAUAAAUACACUCAAAACUCAGAUGCUUACGCCGGAGAAACCACCAAGUCCAAGAAAAAACGACGUACUCCUGCUUGGUGUGAUCGGAUUCUGUGGAGAGGAGAAGGAAUAGAGCAGCUUUCUUACAUUCGAGGAGAGUCACGGUUUUCAGAUCACAGACCGGUGUGUGCAAUCUUUGCAGUAGAGGUUGAUGUGAAGAGUCUGAACAAAGGUAGAUUCAGGAAAGGUUAUUCUAGUGCAGCUGCAAGAUUGGUUGAAGAUGACACUCCAAAAAGACAUAGUUUUUAUGACUAAGAUUUGUUACCAAUUCUUUUUUUUUUUUUAACAAACAAAAAUUGAUUAAAAAGAAAGUAUUAUUUCUUGAUUUGUAUAGCUUUGGGAGUAACACACAAAAACAACAACAAAAUGCUUUCCUCUGUUUAUUCUCUUAACUAUGUUUUUAAUACAUUGUAACUAGUAUUUUUCAA